ACAAAGAGAAAAUAAGAAUACAACAAGGACAGGAUAAAAAGAGAAUUUUAUUACAGAGAGAAUGCUAUUGGAUCUGGUUACUCCAAACUAAAUAUCCAAAAGGGCUUAAUGAAGAGUUCAGUAUGGCUUGCUAUUUAUGAAUUUAUCUUUUUCUGGGUGUUCUAACUCUCUUUGUUUAAUUUUUCCAGAUAAGAAAACUAUGUGCAAAUUUCCUGAUGCAGGGACAGGUAUUCUUCUAUUUUUUCCUUCAGACAGGGUAAGAAUUUAUAGUUACAUUUUGUAACCAUUUUUAUGUCCAUGUUUGUUUUUUAGGUACUGCAACACUGUUGAAAUAUUUUCUUGCUACAUUAGAAAAUUGGGCUUAUAAGGUUUCCCACUGGACUUUGAACUUUUAUUAUACGGGAAAUGAACCAAAGCCUUGGGUUAAUUUCUUUUUCAUUUUUUUCUUUUUCAUUAUUCGUUUCAGAGAACUAUAAGACUUUUUUUAUAUGCUUUUUCAUUGUAUUUGCAUCACAGUAACUAAAUGCUAUUAGCUAAUUGCUGUUUAAACAAUUGUUUAAUUUCACUAAUUGAUUGCACCUGUCAAUUAACUGAUUGAAUCACCUAUAAAUGUACCACCUUACACAGAUCCUGUAUGCUUGACAAAGGGGCUUGCCCCGAAACGUUGCACUUCCGGUAAUAAAUCUUUGCAAGGUGUUCACCUGCAUUCACAGCUUGUGUGCCAGUGUGCCUUUUCUUAGUAUCAGAUUUGAGGUUGCCGGUUACCUCUAUCACUGUGCACCAAGGAAAUUGGAAUUAUCUACACAGAACAGGUGUGCGUGAGCUACUACUACUUUGUACUGAUCGUUCGGCUACAAGCUCUCAGCACCCUGCUACUAUACCGCUAUGUCAUUUGCGGACAUUGCCGCAACUACGGAUCGUCGGGCUGACACUUUUUGCUUCUCUGAGGCUGAGAGAAAGAAAAUCCUCAACGCUACACAGAGCCUGCCUACAUCUACUACAUUAAGUGGGACAGAAGUUCUCCGUAAAUUGGAAAACCUUAAACGCAGGGAAAUAUCAUGGGCAUUGCAUAUGUCCUCCCUUGCCGAAUAUGCCAAAGCUCAACGGAUCCCACGAGGACUGCGGGUCAUGCUACAACCUGCACUUUUCAAGGACAACCAGGAGUUUCUGCAGAAGUGGCAAGGAAUACUGAAUCGCUGCAGUUUGGACCUGAUAACCCUUACCAUACAACAGUUGCAGACAGGAACGAAAGAGUUAAAGCAGCAACUACAUACCAUGGAGGAAGAAUAUCGCAACAGCGCAGAAUCCAAUGCCAUGAUGCUGAGAGAGUUGGAAGUAAAGAUGGAGCGGUUACAGCGCGACAUCCUGGAGGUAAAGCUUCGCAAAUUCAGAAGAGACACCAUCGAUUACAGCAAGGGGGAGGUCUAUUCCUGGAAAGAUUACAGGCGCACUACGCGAAGAUACCGCACCUCAUCUGCGAUCUCAACAGACAGAGCAUCCGAACAAUCGCUGGAACUGUCACAGUCAUCGCCAGCUGGAUCACAGCACUCUGCGGUCUCUUUUUUAGGAGGAGGUCGGCGCACACAAAACGCAAAACCAGGAGGGGAAGAAAGGCACGAGACAGCGUCCCAACAAACCACGCGGAAGAAAACGAACCGCAGAUAAGAAAACUAUGUGCAAAUUUCCUGAUGCAGGGACAGGUAUUCUUCUAUUUUUUCCUUCAGACAGGGUAAGAAUUUAUAGUUACAUUUUGUAACCAUUUUUAUGUCCAUGUUUGUUUUUUAGGUACUGCAACACUGUUGAAAUAUUUUCUUGCUACAUUAGAAAAUUGGGCUUAUAAGGUUUCCCACUGGACUUUGAACUUUUAUUAUACGGGAAAUGAACCAAAGCCUUGGGUUAAUUUCUUUUUCAUUUUUUUCUUUUUCAUUAUUCGUUUCAGAGAACUAUAAGACUUUUUUUAUAUGCUUUUUCAUUGUAUUUGCAUCACAGUAACUAAAUGCUAUUAGCUAAUUGCUGUUUAAACAAUUGUUUAAUUUCACUAAUUGAUUGCACCUGUCAAUUAACUGAUUGAAUCACCUAUAAAUGUACCACCUUACACAGAUCCUGUAUGCUUGACAAAGGGGCUUGCCCCGAAACGUUGCACUUCCGGUAAUAAAUCUUUGCAAGGUGUUCACCUGCAUUCACA